AACAUUACUGAUUCUGAGAAUCGGCUCGUAGCCAAAAUUUGACUUUCCAUGAGACUUCAAAGCGAAUGAAUGCCCUUAAGUAAUGCCAUCUGUUUGCAAACCUGGGAGUUGACUACGUCUGUAGCUGCGUCAUUGCCUUGAUUACCCACAGAUUAACUGAAUAGCUGACACGAUCUGAACAAAUUUAAGUCAUAAGAAUCAGGCGCUGAAACUGCAUGAUCAGACAUAGCAAUCAAUGAUGAAGGUUGUAUUUAAACUACUGCUAACUAUAUUGAUAACCGUGGAAAACAUCGACCCUUGCGUUGGUAAAGCUCAGACUGAUUACUGUAGCGAUAAAUCAGACACCUACUCUUAUACAGCAGUAUACAGUGGUAACCCAACAUGGCACAGGGCUGCCAGAAAUUGUCUUUUAGACAGCCAUGGCUGCCUGGCCAGAUCAACCAACAAAACAGUGCUAGCCAAAAUAAAGAAAGAAAUACCAAACAACACAAUUCAUGGCAUGUUUUUCUAUUGGGUUGGACUUAGAAGGGACAUUUCAGGGACUCUAAUGUGGGAUAAUGGGCAGAAAGUGAAGAUUGAUGAUGGAAUCCGUGGCAUUGUUAAUGUUUCAACUUUGAAAAAAGAAGUUUGUUAUGCAGUUACUAACUCCGCCAUGCUGCAGCCAUUUCACUGUAGUACAACWGAGAAGUAUAUUUGUCAGAUUCCGAACACAAAGGUUACACARCCAACCACACCAAAGACCAAGAAACCAAAAACCAAGGUAACGGCUUAUACCAACAAACCAACAACAACGAAAAAAAUGACUGGAGGACUAAAGAGUUUUGUCGACACUGAGGUUGACAAGUAUGUUGCAAAGGCAAAGAAAAUGAAAGCCGGAGAUAARAAUUCAAUAAAUUCAAUGCUAAAGCUGACUUCAGAACUUAUAAAAAUCCUWAAAACGAGAAAAAAAGUCAAAGGGAAUAUCAUGAAAGCUGCCUUAAYGAUGGAAAAAUUCGGAAUGGAAUAUGCAAAACAUCACUUGAAAAGUCUCAAAAUCACUCGAAUGGUGAACAAAAGUGAAGGACUUGUAUUUGAGAUGCGCAAAGUUUCCAGUAAGCAAAGAAUAGUCUUUCCAUACAAUAACGCAAACMGAACCGAACGUAAAGGUGGGAAGACGACCAUAGAUCUUCCCGACUCGUUAUUUGAUGGACAAGAUAAAAUGGUUGUUAAUGCGCUUUUUACUGAAGUGACAGAUUUUAUUCCGCUGACAAGRGAUAAAAAUAAUCGCGAUAAAGAARUCAUAAGCCCUGUGAUAUCGAGUACACUGGACCCAAAUCCUGAAAACCUCUUGAAAGAAAACGUGACUAUUGUUUUGGAACAUUUUAAGCAAGCUUCCAAGGUGAAACCAACGUGUGUGUUCUGGGAYAUCAGUAUCGAUAACUACCUUGGGGGAGAUUGGUCAACCGAUGGAUGUACAUUGRUCAAGACGAAUCAAACCAGUACAGUGUGCACAUGUAACCACUUGACAAGCUUUGCUUUACUCAUGCAGGUUGAUGCCACAACCAACUCGGAAGCGAACAGUACAAACGAGGUCGUGUUGAGCUACAUUACAUACGUUGGCUGUACUUUGUCUCUUGUUGGUGAGGCUCUUACAGUGUUGGCUUACGCUUUUCUCAUGAACAUGAAACAAGAACAAUGCCAAAUACGAGURAACUUGGCGAUAUCUCUCGCCGUGGCGCAGAUCUUUUUCUUGUCAGGAAUAACAGCCACGUCUAACUCGGGAGUUUGUACAUUUGUAGCCGUCAUGCUGCACUAUUUCUAUCUGGUAGCGUUUGGUUGGAUGAUGUUAGAGGGCGUUUACCUGUACUUGAUGGUCGUUAAAGUGUUUAAUACUGUCAUCAAAAUGAAGCUGUAUUAUCUCUUUGCUUGGGGGUUUCCUUCAGUGUUUGUCAUAAUAUCUCUUAUCGUUGCUUCAACCUUUGAAGACGGCAUUAGCAGCUACACAAAUCAGAAAUUCUGCUGGGUUUCAUUCUCAAACGGACUUAUUUGGACGUUUGUUGGGCCUGUUAUACUUAUAUCAAUGGCAAACAUUUUUAUUCUGGUCUUUGCAAUUCGAGAGAUAGUCAAUCUCAAUCAAGGCAAACUUGAUCAAGCCGAAAAAUUUAGGCAAGGGGUAAAGUCAUGUGUUGUUCUGUUCCCACURCUCGGUCUGACUUGGUUGUUUGGCUUGCUGGCCGUCACCAAUGCAGGGAUUGUUUUCCAGUAUAUUUUCACCAUAUUAAACUCAUUCCAGGGGUUUCUUAUCUUCGUUCUUCAUUGYCUACGAAGUGGAGAGAUACGCGCCUCAUUCAAACAUAAAUUGCAGCGUUGGGAGGUUACAAGACUAAGUACCUUCACUUCCGCCAAGUCAACGGUCGAGAACUCCGUGUCAUCGGUAGAUAAAAACAAACAAAUGUACAAUAAUUCUAUUUCAGAUGGCGUACAAGAAGGCUUGACCAAACAUAAUCGGGUCAAACCUUUGACCGGUGAGAAGAGUAAUCGUCGAUAGUGAUGACAACCUCCGUCAUGAGGUAAAUAAUGAGACGAGUUCACAGACAGGACCUCUGGCAUAUCCCUCACUAACACUGGGAAUGCUGAACCGAUUUGCGAUGAAAAGUACGGUGAAUAGUACACAAAACAGAAAACAUGAGCUCAUGGGAGGACCCUGAGAGUGUAGAACUUGUUAGAGACAACAAACACAGUAAAACUACUCGUACGUAGACAUAUGGUGAAUUACAAACAGAAGACAAGCGGUCAUAGGCACUGGGAGUAAGAAGGUUAGAGUUCGGUUGUAGGUCAUCAGGGUGGAUAAAGUAAAGCACAAGGGCCUAGAUUCUCUGAUUGGCAGUAGACUUCUGAAGCUUURCGUCAUAUACUUUAUAUGCAAUGCAUUAUGGGAUAUGUUUGGGAUCAAACAUGGCGGAUUUGUUUUGUUUUCUCUAGAAACAGAUCCCACAAUGCAUUGCAAAUCAAGUAGGUGAUACAAAAGCUUCAGACGUCUAGACUAACUUAAUAGCUAACAGCCGCAUCAAAUUUAUCCAUUACAGAUGUUCUUAACUUUGUUUAGGUAUUAUGCAAAUUAGGCUCAUAGUUAUGGAUUCUUUGUCUUGUUSAAGGAUGUUACACAUUUUCAACUUAUUUUAUUGCUAAAUGCUACAUAAAAACGCCAUACACCGUAAUAAAUUAAAAUAAAAAAAUAUACUUAAAUAUCCUGUAAAAUACGAGAACACGUACCCUUAAAAUGUAAUUUAACACUUUAGGCAAGUUACUUGAAAACACUUUAUUUUCAUUAAAAAUAUUAUUUAGUG